UGUGAUUGUUUAUAACCUUUUUAACCUAUACUCCUCAAGUCUUCUCUUCAGCGUUUUCUGUACUUUCAGGUUAAUUGAUUAUUCUGUUCUACAAUAAACAAUUAAUUUCAUUGCAAAAUAAACACACACACACAAAUUAUAAUGAUCAGUGCUUCGUUUAUAGCCUCUCACUUGUGUUUAAGGACUAUACCUGGAAAUUUAUUUGUCAAGCAAUCUUAUGCUACUGGUGCAAUAGCCUCUCUGGGGAAAAGCAAAGGAAAGUUAAAGGGUAAAAUUGGAGCUGCCGCUGAAAAAGUCAAACUUCCAGUUGAAACUGAUGCAAAGAGAUUAGUUAAGUAUUUGUGCGGUAGUAACAUUCAGGCAGAAGGUGGUCAAGAAAUAGAACUAAAACCGGACAACGAAUAUCCUGAGUGGCUUUGGAAACUACACAUUGGUAAAAAUAAAAGUCUAGAGGAACUGGAUCCUAACACACUUGACUACUGGCAGAAGGUGAGAAGCCUGGCUAUUAGAAGGAAUCAUCGACUUAGUAAGCAAAGGAAGUUUUAAGAUCACAGGGUAGUUUAGUAAAGUGUUCAAUGUGUAUAUUAAAUAAUUAAAUACCUA